AUGGUGGACCAAAGGAGCUUAAAGGCCAUCAAGGACAAACCUAUUGGGAAAGGCCUUGAUGGCUUUCGCGCUUCUUUCAAUGUGAUGUGCGAAGGCGCAAGGUCUGGACGUUAUGAAAGCGGCCAAUUAUCGACUGGGACGUGCGCCGCUGUAGUCAAGAGCGCGUCUGUUUCUCGCCAAGAGCGAAGUAGCAGCGCUGGUAUGAAACGACCAUCAAGCGAUACCGAUGCUGCCCCACCGCCGACUAAGCGAUCCCGCCCCGCGUCUCCAGCAAACGCGAGCACAAACCGGGUUCACCGGCGAGUUGUUCUUCGCGACUAUGGAAGGCCAAUCUACAAGGCAAGCUCCCCCAAGGCGCUACUCUCCGCGCUGGAGGGCUGCGUCGAAGGACAUGGGUUGUUGUACAGAGCUGGUCUUCUCCACAGGGAUAUCUCUAUCAACAACCUCAUGGUGAAUGAGGACGACAGGAACCCUCCUUGCGAGCAUUUUUGA